ACGAAGUCAGUGGAAGGCAACAGGAAGAGAUAGAAACACUCGGCUCUUCUUUCAAAAAUAUAUGGACUUUACUCUCUAGGAGGCAGAAAAAAGAUGACCACAAUGAAAAUUCAACUGGCAUGCAUGAUGCUUCUGGCUUUCACCUCUUGGAGUCUGUGCUCAGAUUCCGAAGAGGAAAUGAAAGCGUUAGAAGCAGAUUUAUUGACCAAUAUGUAUACAUCGAAGAUUAGCAAAGCAAGGCUUCCUUACUGGAAAAUGACCCUGCUAAAUGUUUGCAGUCUUAUCAAUAACUUAAACAGCCAAGCCGAAGAAACAGGAGAGACCGGUGAAGAAGAACUUAUUACAAGAAGGCAAUUUCCCACUGCUUUAGAUGGAUUUAGCUUGGAAGCAAUGUUAACCGUAUAUCAGCUGCAAAAAAUCUGCCACAGCAGAGCCUUUCAGCACUGGGAGUUACUGCAGGAGGAUGUACUGGAUCCUAGAAAUUCAAACCACGAGAAAGAGGACAUUGUGAAGAGAAAAUCUCCUUACAUUCUGAAACGACAACUACAUUCAAAUAAAGCCAGAAGACCUUACAUACUUAAAAGAAGCUCUUAUUACUGACUGAGCAAGCAAAAGGCAUAUUUUAGUUUAUUAGUAAUUGUGCUUAAUGGUUCUUUUGAUUAAAUAUAAAAUCUGGUUUAUGUGAGAAAUAUAUAGCAGGUCAUGAACAGGACUACCUAAUUUUGUCUUUUACUGCAAAUGUGGUUUUUUUGAAUGUCAUUUUCCAAAUCAAAGAUAUUGGUCUAAAAAUUAUAAUAAAUCUAAUUUCCAAGCAUGA